AUGAAGGACCAAUCGACAUUGCAACACUUCGCUGACAUCCGCUUCCCUGACAUCAACCACACUGACAGCUGGCUCUUGGCUCGAGAAUACAUCAAGAAUCAGUUUGAGAAAUGUGGACUCGCGGUUGAAAUGCAACGCUUCACUACGACGGUCGUAACAGCGGAGGGAGAUGAGCGGCAAGUCGAAGGCACCAACAUCAUCGGCACAGCCAAGGCGCCCACCGACAGGGCGGGCGGCGUGGUGGUCGUGGGUGCCGACUACGACACCAACGCCCACGGGGAACCAGGUCCUCUCUUCAACAACGGCGCGGGCGUGGGGGCGCUGCUGGAGGCGGCGAGGCUCUUCAUGAGGAACGUAGGCUCGGGGGGCGUCUUCAGGAGGGAAAGAGCGACCGUGUUCGUGGCCUUCGAUCUCAAUACGAAGGAGCAUGACAGCGGCCCCGGAAAGCCCGGCGGAUGGUACUUUGUGAACGAAUGGCUGUGGGAAUACGUGAACCAAUCUGACUCUCACUUCGGCGGCGCCAUCGUUCUCGACUCCGUCAUGAACGUAAAUCAGGAAGCUCAUUCUCAGGACGUACAUGAGGAUUUCCGAUUGAUGUUCCCCGAUACUUACAACCGCAUCGUUCAGUCCAAUAACAAGGGCAAUUUUCUGGGUGUAGUUACGUUACCCCAAGAAAAGGCUGUUGAGCUGAAGGAUCAGUUUACGGGGAAUUAUAAUAAGCUCCGCAUGGCAGACACGUUCCGACUGGAGGACAUGACGCUCCCUGACAACACUGCCAUCAGCGAACUCCUCUCCGAACUGACAACACAAGACACCGUCCACUUCUGGUCCUUCUCUGCCAACGGGAGCAUGACACCGCUUCCCGCUGUCCUCCUCACUGACACCGAGAACCUCCGACACGCACCCUCGAACCCCUGUGAGAACCCAGCAUGUCCUGACGAACCAUGGCUGACGGCGGAACGAGAGGAUUUUCUCGUCAGCACGGUAAAGGCGCUCACCAACACCCUCUUGGAACGUCAGGCACGUCAGCUGACAGGCUUAGAAACCCAUCUCCGACAUUUCGAGGAAGCGAGGCAUCCGCAGAUCGCCGAUAGCGGACCUUACGAGAGGGCGCGGACCUACAUCAAAAACCAGUUCAACGAAUACGGACUGGAAAUUCACGUCCAGAAUUUCCAUACGGUUAUUUUCCGGGCAGGGCGGCCAAGUAACGGCCCCUGGAGAGAAUAUCAUAGGCGUUGCAAGAGGGUCGGCGGCGGGCGGGCCUGUACUUGUCGUGGGCGCGGAUUACGACACGGGCGUGCAAGAUUCGCCGCUGGAAGACAACGGGGCGGGCGUGGCUGCGUUGCUGGAGGUUGCAAGGCUCUUCAUGCAACAGACGGCCGUUGCAGGGGGGUCGUUUGAGCAGCUCGGUUCCGUUAUAUUUGUUGCUUUUGAUCUGAAUGCUAAGGAAUACGGAAGCAGUCAGACGGGCAAGCAAGGAUCUGACCAUUUUCUCCACCACUGGCUGUGGAAUUACGUCAACCAAUCAGCUGUCAACUUCGGCGGGGCGUUAAUACUCGACUCGAUUACUAGAUACAGCGAGGUGGACAGUUCUCAAUAUGUGUUCGAGGAAUUCGUGACUGCAUUUCCCGACGCGUCACGUGACAUAGAGAAACACAGCAACAGAGGCAACUUUCUCGCCGUCUUUACGAGAGAAGACCAGGCGAGCACUCAACUUGCAAAGGCAUUUUCAGACAAUUACGAAAAGGACCGACGCGCUCGUAUCGUCAGACUACAGGAUUUUACGGUGAGAAACGGACCGUCUUAUAAAGGGGUCUUCGAGAUGUUCAACCACCAGUCACACUUUCCUUUCUGGUCCUUCACUCCUGCCGAAGACCUGGUUCCUCUGCCUGCCAUCCUCCUUACUGAUACAGACGUAUACAGGAACACAGACGAACCUUGCUCUCGUCGUUGUUCCUCCGCCGGGUUCCUCACUAGGAGACGUAGAGCUGUCAUCACCAACAUUGUGGAUUCUGUCACCAGCACUUUACUACAACUCCAGGCGAAGAGAGCAGAACGGCCCACAGUAUCGCCUGUUACGGGGAACGGCGGAGAACGGUCUGGAUCGAUGUCCCUAACACUCAUAAACUUCGUUUUUAUCCUUGUCUCGGUUUUGCAGUGAAUUAAUGUUGCUUGAAGUUACUGCUAGGACAGGCAGGAGUGAUUCAGGAGAGAAAGA